GUGGGGGGUUUAUCUCCUCUCCGCUCUCCCAUUCAACCUCUGUAGUCAGCAGAACAGCAGCAGGGUAACACAGCAUCCCCGGCGACAGCAUCCCGCAAAUGACUCUGCUCUGUGAAGGAGAGAGAGGGGACGAGAGGAGCAAGUGUUUUAGAAGAGAUGGUAAGAGAGGCGAGGAGUAGAAGUGACACACAGAUGGAAUAACAGUGCAAAAUGAAAGGAAGCAGAUAAGCAGCACCGGCUGCCUCAGGACCAUUGCAGCUGCACUAAAUCUGUGGCUGUCAGAGCAACGCUCAGCAGAGCAGUGAGUAAGAGAGGCAAGAGGACGAGAAGUGAUUAGAGGACCCGAUCUCAUCACUCUGGACAAGCAGGCAUGGGAACCCCGAGAGCUUCUGCAUCAGCAAAUCCAACUUCUCACAGAGGAAAAGUGCCUGCAGACCGUCAGCCAGAGGAGUGACGGAAACCUCAAAACAAGACACCAAGCCUGCUUGUUCUCAAACUGCGACAGGAUCCAAAGUCUCAGCUGUCCUGUCCCCACUCGGUACCCCCCUCUCCCACCCCACCAAUCCCCUCACACCUGCUCCCGGUGAAUGUCUUGUCUGCAUGCACUCCCACUGCUCGGCAGUUAAACACACUCAUGGUCGAUGCCAAGGGAAGGAACAUGAAAUGUCUGACGUUCUUCUUAAUGCUUCCAGAGUCAGUGAAAAGCAAGUCGAGUAAAAGCUCAAAGAAGGGGAAUGCCAGCAGCAGCUCCAAGCUGCCCCCGGUCUGUUAUGAGAUUAUCACUUUGAGGAGCAAGAAGAAGAAGAAGAUGGCAGCAGAUAUAUUUCCCACCAAAAAGCCGGCGUGCACCACCACGGUGCAACAGUACCAGCAGCAGAACCUCAACAACAACAACACCAUCCAGAACUGCAACUGGCAGGGUCUGUACUCCACCAUCAGAGAACGAAAUUCAGUAAUGUUCAACAAUGAGCUGAUGGCAGAUGUUCACUUUGUGGUGGGUCAGUCUGGAAGGACACAGUGGCUUCCUGGACACAGAUAUGUUUUGGCUGUGGGCAGCUCGGUGUUCCACGCCAUGUUUUAUGGCGAACUGGCUGAGAACAAGGAUGAAAUCCACAUUCCAGAUGUGGAACCACCAGCAUUUCUUGCAAUGCUUAAAUAUAUUUACUGCGAUGAGAUUGACCUGACUGCUGACACAGUUCUGGCCACUCUUUAUGCCGCCAAGAAGUACAUCGUUCCUCACCUAGCACGUGCCUGCGUCAACUUCCUGGAGACGAGUCUGAGUGCCAAGAAUGCUUGUGUGUUACUCUCCCAAAGCUGUUUGUUCGAGGAGCCAGAGCUGACGCAGCGCUGCUGGGAGGUGAUUGAUGCCCAGGCCGAGCUGGCGUUACGCUCGGAGGGUUUCUGCGACAUAGACGCUCAGACCCUGGAGAGUAUCCUGCAGCGAGAGACACUCAACGCUAAAGAGAUAGUAGUGUUUGAAGCUGCACUCAGUUGGGCUGAGGCUGAGUGCCAGAGACAGGAGCUCUCCUUGUCAACUGACAACAAGCGCAAAGUUUUGGGCAAGGCUAUGUACCUUAUACGUAUACCUGCAAUGACGCUAGAUGAUUUUGCUAACGGGGCAGCCCAGUCAGGCGUGCUGUCACUGAAUGAGACCAACGACAUCUUCCUGUGGUACACGGCAGCCAAGAAACCUGAGCUGCAGUUUGUCAGCCAGCCUAGAAAGGGCCUGAGCCCCCAACGCUGCCACAGGUUCCAGUCCUGUGCCUACAGAAGCAAUCAGUGGCGUUAUCGCGGUCGCUGUGACAGCAUACAGUUUGCAGUGGAUAAAAGAGUUUUCAUUGCCGGGUUUGGACUUUACGGUUCCAGUUGUGGCUCAGCGGAAUACAGUGCCAAGAUUGAGCUGAAACGUCAAGGAGUAUUACUGGGACAAAAUCUCAGUAAAUACUUCUCUGAUGGUUCCAGUAACACCUUCCCAGUGUGGUUUGAGUAUCCGGUUCAGAUUGAGCCAGACACGUUCUACACUGCUAGCGUGGUUCUGGAUGGGAAUGAGCUGAGCUACUUUGGACAAGAAGGGAUGACAGAGGUGCAGUGUGGGAAAGUGACAUUUCAAUUCCAGUGCUCCUCAGACAGCACUAAUGGUACGGGAGUGCAGGGGGGGCAGAUUCCGGAGCUGAUCUUUUAUGCUUGACAAACCCUAUACACACAUUUUAUGUAAAAAGAGAGCACUAUCACUUUGUGCAUAGUGACAAUGUCUGUGACUUUUGCACAAAACAAGAAUAAGAAGUCAAAUGUCUGUUUAGACUUCUGCAAACAGCUCAUUUUACUUGAACCGACAUGUUUCAAGAUACUUAAUUGUACAAAUAAACACAUGAAGAAGAUAACAUAUGUUGCACUAGGAUGUGUCUGUAUAUAUGAGUAUAUGUAAAUUCUCAAAUGCCACAUUUAAUGCCAUUGCUGGCCAGAAAGAUAUAUAACAGCCAUACCUGUUUAAUAUUUCUAUGCUUGCAUAGAAUGCACAUAUAAUGCAGCAAUACUUCUCAUUCUGUUCUGUUGUAAAAAUGUAAUAUUUCAUAUCACGACUCAGUCUGGACCAUCUGCAUUAAGAAGACGCUAAAAAGCUGUAUGAUAUUCAACAAUAACAAAAUAAUUCUAUAUAUGUUUACAGUCGAAACACUGUGUUGUUGUAAUGUGUAAUGCUUAUUAGGAAUUUGUAUUUGAGUGGCUGCAAUUGAAUUUGCAGCUUUUUGAUACUUUGAAUCUCAUAAUGGGGCACUUUGAUUAGAUUAGGGAGCACUGGAUAAUAAUAAUAAUAAUAAUGACGUCUGUAGCAUGUUACUCUCUGCACCAUUACGGUCCUCAGUAGCACCACUGUGGUUACAGUUAGAUCAGUGUUUACGACUUGUAGUGAGCCAUCGUUUGUCACUACAUUUUGCAGAGAAAUACUUUUGUUUUAUAUCUAAAUAUGUCUACAUUGCAGUAUUUUAAGCAUGGGCAGGACUGUUCCAUUUCACCUAAUGUGUACUACUAAUUGUUCAGUCGCCUCAGUUUUGUUUACAGCAUAAAGGUCAAUGAUUGAUUUUGUGCUAAAAGCUGUUUAUCUUACGGACUUUUACUUCUCUUUGUUGGCACUAUGUGCACUCUGGACUGCUGAGUACUGCGUCCCAGCGUGAGAAAACGAACCGUAUCAGCGCUUGUAAAAACUUACCAUAUAAGCUACAAGACUGCACUAAUGUUGGUUUGUUAUGAAUUGGUUAUUUUGCUUGAUUUAGGUUUUUUUUUUUUUUUUUUAAUGAGGCAGAUGUUGCGUGCUAAUGUUUCUUCAGGUGUAUGAUAAACAUUCACAGAUGAGUCUGCUGCAGACAAUGGACGAACCUCAUGGCAUACAAUGUUGAGACCUAUGAAUGUGUAUGAUUGUUGGUGAUGUGAAUAAACAAUACGUGGUAUCUAA